AUGUCCUGCCUAUUACACUGCGCCAAUUUUAAACUAGUUUGUCGGGGACAGCCUAGGUGCUUUUCUGUGCAACUCUACUUGUGCUGAGUGCCUCGUCUUGCUCUAUGCUUAUAAAAAUUGUUUGCCGUAGUGAGGGGGGAGAUGAUAGGGGAUGACAAUAAGUGUCAUGUAUGAUACUGAUUUUAAGGGAAAUAGAUAACCGCUGUCAGGGGCUGGCAAUGAAGAAGGCCGGUUGGCCUCGAGUUCAGCUGGCUGCUCUGACUAAGUAGAUUGAUGCGACGCCUGGAAGAAUUUGUCAUGCCUUCAUAUCAUGACGGACAUCCUCUUUUUGACUUUAACCCUAAUCUUCUCGAUGACCGAUGGUUCCCGUAGUCUCUGUGUCAAGAUCCUUUAAUCGUUGGCUGUUCGGUGUAGUCGACGCGUUAAACCAGUUGUUUACGGACCGUCUGGUUAUCGAAUUGACAUACCAUCCCUGGUUAUCUGCAAAAUCUCCACUAAACGUGGAUGUUGCAACAUCCGCCAUGACGGUCGGACUAUAGAAGCUCGUAUCGUCGAACUGUCGUUUGUUAAAGUGUGUUGUAGAGCUUACCCUUAUUGAAAAGUUUUGACCGGUGUAGAUAAGCAGUUUCUCUUUCUGGUAGGAGCAACUUAAGCCUUAGAAAUAGAUACGGGGUCUGGCAUAAGCAUUGCAAAUUCAAUUCCGGCCAUUCCAUUCUGCCGGGGAUGCAUCCCCGGGUCGAUUGGGUCAAUUCCUUAGCUGAGCUGAGUAAAAAUACCAAUUGUCUUAAUUGUGGGUCGUCGGCUAAACAGAAGCUCAACCAUUCCAGCGUCCAACACAGGAAGUUCUGCCUAGUUUUCCAACAUGCUAAUUUCUUUUUACCACUCGACUCCAAUUGCGGAACGCGUUAUUCCAGCGGAUACCGCAAAAGUUGCUAAGGCAUUGUACGGUCCUUAUGCAACGAAGAUGCCUUAGAUUUUUUUAGAGGCGAGUCUUAGUCGACCACCCUUCUUUGAGCUUUCAUAUGACACCUUGAUUUGUUAAAACCAGAACAGAUAACGCACAGCCUCAUAACAUAACGCGGACGGAAUACUAUCCUCCCCUAGCAUUUUUAAAGAUGUUCAAGGUCCCCUGCCAUGUAAAUACUUUGACGUUGUUAUAUUAUCUUCAACAGAUUGAAUUCGUUUUUAGUUCAUUUUUUUACCGGCCCAAUUAUCGAAGAGAUGUAGAACUAUUUCACCCAUUGCACGCCAGUCGACAUGCAGCCAGAAUAACGACCAAUGCCGUCAUCCUAACGUCUUCCACGGCAGUGCCGUCUCUGUUAACGCUUUUUCGGCAAACUUGUUUCGUAGUAAUUUGCCAAAUUGGUAGUGUCAAAAAUUAAUUCAUCCCUUGAAGCCGUGCAGUGCGCUAGCCUUAUUCUGGUGAAUCUACCACUGGGCCAAGAUAAUGUCAGAAACGAAUACUCCAGUAGUAACAGUUACCUAGUCAUUAUCUCCCGGUACCUGUAUAAAUCAAAUCGCUUUUUCUUGUAGCUUUAUGGGAAAGUACGUAUUCCUGAAUAUGUAUUCAAUCAUACGGAACGUGUUAACCUUAAGAAACGUUCAUGAGUUAGAAGCAUUUCGGACUAUGAAGCACUCGCUUUUCGCAGAUGUAUUCUAGUACUACACGAGACUCGCUAUAGUCCUGUGAAAAGUAAAAUACGCCUACAGUAACCAUGUGUGCCAUGCAAAAAUGUGGAAGCUCAGGCCGUUUUCUCAGCUAAGUUUUGGAAUAGUGGACUUUUUAACGCUUACAGUCUCGGAAAAAUUCCGACAAAUGCUUGUAAGGAGCAUUUUUUUAUUAUUAAUCUCUUGGGGGCCAGGGACGGAAGAACAGUGUAGAAAAACAGGGGGUGUGGUCGGAAUGCCUUUGAGUUGAAGUCUUCUCUGCCAUUGUUUUUUUUCCUAAUUUACGCUCGAUUCCCAAUAUCACGGGCAAAAUAGUAAAAACAUCUUUUUGGACAAAUUAUUAGCUGCAGAUUUUUUGAUAUUGGAUUAAAAUCUGUGAUUCGUACUGCAAUUAGUGCUACACAGUUACCUACCCAGUAACACCUCAGUGCAGUAUGACAGCAAAGUUUGGUAUGUAACUAACUGCACCCAAGUGAGCUUACUUCGACAGCUUAUUGAACAUGAUUAACUGGGUUUGCCGCAACCUUGUUGUAAUCAAAGUUGACACUUACCAUUAUGUCUAACGCUCUCCUAAGCAACUUACCUUACUUGUACUUGACACGGCUGCGAUCAUGCCUGAUCUAGCCGGCCUCGAUGAUGUCCCGAACUGUACCUCUCCACGCGUGACGAUCCGCGACAGCAGAUCUGGACAGCUCAACCCAUUCCCUCCGCCAACGACGGAGACCGAAUACCGAAGGUCCAAGAACCACCUCCAUGUCUUGACGAACUGUGUCGAGCCAGGUUUUCAACUGACCCCCUCUUCGACGCCUCCAAUGGGGCAACGGUGCCGGAUCGAGGACAGUAAAACUGGGCUCCUGUUGUGGACGACGAAGAACAUGCCCGAACCACCUCAGUCGUCUUUUUUGGAUGGCCUGAGUUAUCCUUGAGAUGUUGUCGCAGCGAGCGCGGACUGUCUCAUUUGAGACGAAGUCAAUGAACUUCACUCGAAGGAUGGUCCUCAAGCAGUGGCGCUCAAAUACCUCUAGUUUUCGCUCGUCCUCCACGCGCAAAGCCCAGCAUUCACAACCGUAGAGAAGGACAGACCGAACAGAUGCACAGUACACGCGAAUCUUAGUGGCGAUGGAGAGGUCACGUCGGUUCCACAGGCAUUUCCAAAGGCUUGAAAAAACCCAGCGGGCAGCAUCGAUUCGGGAGACAAUGUCGUCCUUACUCUGUCCGUUAGACAACAGCCUCGCCCCGAGGUAUUUAAAACUGUCUACUUCUUCAAGUUGACAGCCAUUAAUCCCGAGGAGUGCCUUCUCCUGGUCAGGUAUGAAGCUUGAGAACACUUUGGUCUUCUCAGCAUUUAUGGACAAACCGACCGAUUUAGCGACCUCGUUCACCCGUGACACCAUAGACGGCAGAUCACCACAACUUGAAGCAAGUAAGGCGAUAUCAUCUGCAUAGUCGAGAUCAGUCAGUCGAUGUGCGGGUGCAAAUUCAACACCGUCACUCUCGCGUAGGGCCCUCCCGAGGAUCCAGUCAGUAGCGUAGUUGAACAGUAUUGGUGACAGGAUACAACCCUGUUGGACACCAGACCGAAUACCGAACGGUUGGGAAAGAUUGUUGCGGACCAGGACUCUCGCAGUGGUGGAGCGAUAGUAGGCCUUGAUCAUGGCGAUGAUUUUUGCCAGUACACUAUCUAGCACCAUUAUCCGCCACAGGGACUCACGGUGAACGGAAUCGAACGCGGCGGCAAAUUCAAUGAAGCAGACGGCCGUCGGUUGUUGGUAGCUAUGGCGAAAUUCGAGAAUGCGCCUCAGUGUGAAUAUCUGGUCUGCGCAUCCUCGUCCAGCACGAAAUCCGGCUUGGUUGGGCCUCGUUUUUGAGUCACGCACAGCCUGGCAUCGCCUGAGUAUGACAAUAACGAAGAUCCUGCACCAACUUCGAUGAGACUUAUGCCGCGAUAAUUCUCGCAUCUCGUCUUAUCUCCCUUCUUGAGGAUAGGUACAAGGAUGCCUAAGCCCCAGUCAUCAGGAACAACCUCGUCUCUCCACGCUCGUUCAAUCACAUCAUGGAGCCAGGACGCCAGAGUGUCGACACAAGACUUUAAGACUUCAGCGGGUAUACCGUCCUCUCCGGGUGCCUUAUUGUUGCGCAACUUUCGUAUGGCAUCGGCGACUUCUCUCUCGGUGGGGGGAUCGCAUGGCACUGCAUAGGUAGGAGAAGGAAGAAACUCCGCUGAGGAGGAGAGCAAAGGCGAGGUAGGUUGAGUGUCGAAGUUUAGAUGGUGCUGAAAGUGCUCACGCCAGCGCUCGACUUUAGCCGAGUUGUCCUAAGCAACAACAACAACAAUACUCCUUACUUCCACAUGGUGUUUAUAAGUAACAGGGUAGUCCGUUUGCCGUAAAUGACCAUGGCAUCUUCGUUUAAAACAACUUGCGCAUGAAUGUAUGGUAGGAUUUUCCCAACAUUUAUCUUACUCUCCUUUCUCCUGCUUGCUUUAUUCCCGUGGUUAAACGAUUGAAUUUGAGUUUAGACACAAUGGCUGAUCUAACAAUAAGCCUCUUUCUGCACGUGCCGUAACACUAGCCGAACUAGGCUUUACACAAAUGUUCGCCGAAGUAGGGAAAGUACACCGGCCACUCUUACCAAAUUUUGCUCGUAUGUAGAAGCGGUGACUGAGUUUUGAUCACUGAUGUCAGCACAGCCUGGUUCGGUCGUAGACGAAAGAUGGGAUGUCGUGGGGUCAGCAUAGAAUGAUCUUCCACAUUUUGGCCAUGAGACGAUGUCCACGUGUUGACAGUAGGCAACAUACUCUAGGGGUUUUGUGGAAAGUAGGCACACUCCCUGCAGGCGCGUCGUCCUAGUUUCAAACCUUUAAGAACUUUUUCGGUCCUACGCACAUUAUACAGUUGAGUCUAAAGGUAUCGAAAUCGCGCAAGCCAUCUGAACAGAGUCGCCCUUAGAAGUAAAGUUACCCGCUUUGAAUUUUGACAGUGGGCGAAAGUUGGACAGAUUCGGUCUCUCUCCAACCAGAGAGUUCGGGCCUUAGCCUCCAAUUAACCAAAUCCCGGCAAGCUGCUGCUCGCCUUACAGUAGCUGUGUGGGCUGGCUUACUGAAGGGCUGGUUUCUUAGUACCUAUAUUGGAGUGUGUACGUGUCAGCCCACGCCUCCGGCACACUAGUUUAGCGUCCAAGGAUUGGGCUAGACGAUUGGUAAAGUUGUACUUGGUGGCUACCAACAUAUGUCUUGUAGUACCGCUAUGGCUUGUGACCUUUUUACAGAUGACUGAUUUUAUAAAUGGUGCCUCCUCACACCUGAUAAUAUUCAUCAGAUUCAGGAACCUACUUAUUUCGUAAAAAUUAAUCCAUAAUCUGCCACAUACGAACGUUCCAGGUAACCCCCUGUUCCCAGGGGUCCUGUCAUACAGGACUCAUAUCUACCUAGCCUAUCGGUCCGCUUAACCGGGACUCGAGCUCACGACCUCAGGAUCCAAACACGACUGCUGAGCGAUAUCGUGACUGGCGUGUUACUGUAGAAAUUUCCAUGCUUUCUCUCACGACCACUUCAUUUUACUCCUGCCCCGAUCCUGUAGCACUCCUAUGCCUACGGUUACCGUUGAUGAGGUCUCCAACGGUAACGUUCGAGUAACGAUUCUCAUCGAAAACCUCCAAGCACCACGCUCUUUAAAGAACAUUUUUGGAGCCGGUGUGGAGGGCCGCUUCUUCGCUGACCCGUCAGCCGGCGAUGGAAGUGCGUGCAUUUGUCAGACCCUUUCCAAUGGUCAGCUCAAAUGUCGGUUGGACCCCUGGUGAGCUUAUCACGUCCUUUUAUAUGACAAACAAAUGGAACCGUCUCCAAAGGCUGAAGAAUGUUUAAAUUCCACGACAUGUUCACUUUUAACGUCUUAGUUUAUCAUGGGUUUGCUUUGAAAUAUAGAAAACGGAUGCGUUGUGACCACGUUAUUGACCUUUUGACGUUUCAAAUGGGUGAGGCUGAUAACCAACAUUAAUAAUUAAAAAAACAACAAAAACACUUAGCGAAUUGGUCGGACUGGUCUUCACGCUAUUUUCAGUCCAUCUACCUAAAUUGGUUAGCUCGACCACGGUAUUAGUGACUUUACACUUACCAAUUAUAACCUUUGACCUUUUUAGUCGUGCACUCGCGGUCAAACCUGCGGGUGAAUAGCUGGUCUACCACAUUAUUUAACGAAAUGUUUGCCGUCCCCCUCCAGUCGAUCUCACCUCUGGCAGCCUAAUGCUUUGUUCCCUGAUCAUGGGGUCGAGAAAUGCGAGUCGUGGAUACGACAGUCGCUAUGGGGAAGAUUCCGAGGUGUGGUAAUGAUCCGGCAAUACCCUUAAAACACUCGUCAUCGCUCGCUUCUUUUGCUUGGAACUAUUUUUCCCAGAAUAACUGCCUAUUCGCGUGACGCCGUGUCCCUUGGUCUAGACUUAGUUGUCUGGAGUCAACCGAGAAUCGGGUACGAUUCCAAUGGAAUAAUUGAGGAUAUCGGUUAUGUUAGUAUUUGGAAAACAAUUACAAUUGAGGGUCAUCACAUUUGUUAACCGAGGUACUAAGGUUAUGAUUUUUUCUCGCAGGAAGCCUUUGAUUUUGGCCAUCCAGUCAACUAGUCUCUCUUGCCAACCAAGAUGCUGCCUUUCACAGCGGGUCUUGCGUUCGAAAUUGCGCCUCACCCUCAUCUACGUCCCUGGCAUAUUGAAAACCAGAAUCGGCCGCUUAGCACGUUCGGUAAACCCCAGCUCUCAGACUUCGACACCCUUGUCUUCUCAGAUUCAGGAAUUGGUUUUUUCACUUUUGGCAGGAGAUAAGACAGUUCUACUUGGAUGCUCCACGUUCAGCUUCAUGCAUGCAUCACGACGUACUCGGUGGUCCGUUGUUGUAUCGAAUGUGAGACCCACAAUUUCGGUAGGGUUUACUGGCGCCAACCACUCUUGUCUAUCACGCAUCUUGCCCACGACUGCCCACCUGGCUCCGGAUUUUGCACGUGACCGGCAGACUUGAACCGUGCUUAUUAAGCGAGGAUUUAUUUCUCUGUUUUUGUUUACGGUUGGUGCUUUCUUACGUCCAUCACACCCUCCGUGAUAGGAAGCGGGAGUCAUUACUCCACUAAGGAGAGGACUAGAGAUUCUAAUUUUUCUUAUAAAGACCAAACAACCUCGGUAAAUUUCUGCGCCAAUCGCGCUGCCUGACACCCGUUUUUGUUGUCUUAUGUUUUUAGCCUUGGGAAAAUCAAGGGAAAAUGUGGCUCACCUCAGCACUUAUGUGUCAACCGGUAUAGGGGGAGUUUCGAGCAGGGGCUGGCUGCCCUUAGCCCUCGUCGUCAGCUGCAUAACAUCGAGGCGAAGGCUUUGCCUUCGACCAUAUCAUCUCCUAUUUAGGGCAGCAGACACUGUGUCCGAACACACCGAACAGGUCCAGAAUAAAGAUCCCAAUUUGAUUGAUCGUAUUUCUGUCUCACUAGCUCAACUGGAUUCGGUCCAACACACUUUGUUUAUUUGCAUUUAGUCGGAGCGCAUUGGGCCUAGAUUCAUCUUCCGCACUUCCUUUGGCUGUACAAAAUACGCAGUAUAUAUCCAGAACUUGCGGGUACUAGUCCCCUUUGACCGUCACUGUUUUAGAAUAGUUGCGCCGGUAACCAUUUUCAUGUUGCAAAUGACAGAGCGCGUCGCUGCGUGCAUCGCCAACAGAUAUGGCUAUUCUCCGGACAGUCACAUUUGGGACUAUUCAUUGUCUUAACCUGGCCAUAAUGCAACAGUGGCGAUAAAACCAUGGUUCCCGUCUAACAGAAAUCUCCUGGUACUGUUCUUACGUUUCGACCCUCUUAAACUUGGCCGGAUUUUCCUACCGGUCCCCUCACGUAGCGCUAAAAUGCCACCACGAAAUUUUCCGCAGCUGCUCCCUCCUCAUUUCCAGUUCGGUAGAGUACAUUUUGAUGUCAGCCACCUGUGCACUCGCCGGGUAACUCGCCACUUGCCUGUCAAACAACAUCACCAUCUCAUGAUCACUCUCUUAAUCGCGUAUCCGCGCGGUAUUAAACAUCUGAGGUCUUAAAAACAAUGGGAGGGGACCUGUUCGACGACCAUUAAUUUGGAAGCCCCUUGUCGAACAAGGCGGUUCGAUUCCCACGGGGCAACCCGUAUCCGACGAACCCCGUGGGACCAGACGCGAAGUUAAAAACACAUCAUCAAUCUGACUGAGGAAUUAAACUAAGAUUUCUGCUGAACUUCGUCUAGCGUCCCAACAGCAUAAUCCUCGUUGCUGUUAUAGCUUAGCCAUUUUAAGGGAUGUGCUUUUCCGUUGGGGUGUGAGGGUGUCCAGUUGUGGGUCCAUGUGAACGUCAUUGUAAGUCGCUUCACUUGCUUGCGGGUGUUGACUACGCCUAGCGUCCAUUACCUGACACCCAACUCUCACAUGUGGCUUCUCCAAGGUAACCUCUGCCUAGCGGCCACACCCCCGUGACCACCUCGACCGGCGGUCUAAAUCAGGUGAGGGUCUCCGGUGUUGUGUGUCCCCACGCUCGGUAACCCUGUUUCCUUUCCAUCCUCCCUCCCCCCUCCCCCAAAUCCCUCUCACUCCCCACUACCCAUUUCAAAAGUGGAUAGUAAGACAUACAAUGAUAUACAAUCCCCGAGGUGGUCCAGGCUAACUUGGAUCGUCCUCCACCAAACAAAGACGUGACCCAUAGUGGAGUUCGGCAGCCGUCUCGGAAGUCAAAGUAGCCCUAUUUAGGGAUAGCAAUACUAACCCCCUGGUGGGGAAUGGACUAGAAAAGGCGUCCUAGACAAAUGCUGGGUCCUCGACAUCUACACGCAGACCAUGGCUUGCAGAUUGCAGUACACCCAGUCGGAACUGUUAAACAAGAAAGAACAAUCUCUCUCACCCUUCCCUCCGCCCCACCACACAGGCUGCUAGGAUAAGUCCGCUCACUCUAGCAGCCUGGAAUGUUCGAUAAUUUUAGUCAAUUCAAGGAAUAACCAACCGGAACGGAGGACGACGCUAGUUAUUCGGGAACUGGCGUGCUACAAGGUGAAAAUUGCUGCACUCAGCGAGACUCGGUUCUCCGAACAAGGUCAACUGGAGGAGGUGGAUGCUGGUUACACCUUCUUCUGGAGUGGCUGCCCCAAGGCAGAGCGACGACGACGCGGGCAUCGCCUUUGCCAUCCGAAGGGAAAUCGUGGGAAGACUGCCCUGUCUGCCGCAGGGCAUCAACGACCAACUGGUAGGCCUGUGUCUGCCUCCUCGGACAUCCCAAUUCGUCGCCUCCAUAAUCAGCGCCUACGGCCCACCAAUGACCAGCUCUGACGAGGCGAAGACUAAGUCCUACGAGGACCUGCACAUCAUCCUGGCGUCCGUGCCGAAGGUGGACAAGCUGAUUGUCGUUGGUGGUUUGGACGCCCGCGUCAAGACAGACUGCGCCGCCCAGAGGGGAGUUCUGGGUCCCCACGGUCUUAAGGGCUCCAAUGACAUUGGCCUUCUCCUCCUACGAACCUGCCCAGAACACCGGCUCAUCCUGACCAGUACCUACUUCCGCCUGCUGAUGCGGAAGAAGGCCACCUGGAUGCACCUCUGGUCGCGACGCUAGCAGCUGCUGGACCAUGUUCUCGUCCAGAGAUGCGAUCGACAGGACGUGGUGGCUAAGGCAGUCUGCGACGCCGAUGGCUGGACGGACUACCGCUUCGUCAUCUCCAAGGUGAGGUUCCGUCCGCAUACCCGCAGGAGGCUACAGGGUAAGCGACCACCAAAUAAGUUGAAUACCGUUCUGUCCUUUUUGCCUGCUCACCGUUUGUAUUUUAACAAUCAAAUGACCCAGCGCCUGGAAGACCUGCAAGCUCCAGAUGAGAGCGCCUCCGUCGAGACUCUAUGGUGACAACUGCAGGACGCCGUCCAUUCGACCGUCCUGGGUGUCCUCGGCCGCGCACGUCGUCAACACCCGGACCAGUACGACAAAUACGACGCAGCCAUCAGCAACCUGUUCGCCGAAAAGGACAAGCUUCGCAAAGCCUACAUCACCCGCCCGUCCGAUGCAAACAAAGCGGCCUUCUACCAAUGUCACUGCCUGGCGCAGCAUCUAUUGCGAGAAAUGCAGGACACCUGGAUGGCUUGCGCGGCCAAAGGCAUUCAGGGAUAUGCCGACCGCAAUGAAGUGAAGGACGUCUUCGUCCCCAUCAAGACUAUCUACGGUCCCUCAACGAAAGUAGCCGCGCCGCUUCUCAGCCCUUGUGAAUCAAUGCUUCUGACGGAGAAGUCACCGAUUUUGAAGCGUUGGGCGGAGCACUUCAGAAACGUCCUCAAUCAUCCCUCCCCAAUCUCCAACGCCGCCAUCGACCGGCGCCCCCAAGUGGGAAUCAACAUCGAUCUGGAUCUCCAGCUCUCCCUUCCAGAAACCAUCCACUGAAAUUUACAAGCACGGCGACCACAGACAGAUAGACCAACUCACGGCGCCCUUCCAGGAGAUGUGGCGCCGUUGACAGGUUCCUCAGGAUUUCAAGGUCGCAACAAUAGUUCGCUUCUACGAGCGCAAAGGGGACCGGCAACUAUGUGACAAGCACAGAGGAAUCUCGCUGUUUAGCAUCGCCGAGAUCUUCGCUGGCAUCCCCUUCAGCUGCCUCAACGGUCAUCUAGAACAAGGGCUUCUGCCGGAAAUUAACUAGAUUCCGGCGACACCGCAGGACUACCGACAUGGUCUUCGCUGCUCGCCAGCUGCAAGAGAAGUGCCAGGAGAUGCGAACCGACCUCUACACCACCUUCGUGGACUUGAUAAAAGCCUUUGAUACAGUGAAUCGCCAGGGAUUGUGGAAAAUCAUACAGAAAAUCGGCUGUCGUAAGCGCUUCGCGCACAUGGUACGUCAGCUCCCGACGGCCUGAUGACGCACGUCACGGACAAAGGUGCAAUCUCGAGGCAUUCGCAGUGAUCAAUGGAAUGAAGCGGGGUUGCGUCCUCGCGCCCACCCUCUUCAAGCUCAAGUUCUGGGCAAUAGUGAUGGACGCCUACCGUAAAAAGCGUCCUGGGAUUCGCAUUUCUUAUGGAAUUGAGGGGCAGCUUCUCAGCAGCAGGCCCGUACGCUGCUAUCUACGACCACGGUCCAUGAUCUGCCCUUCGCCGACGACUGCGCACUCAGCACUAGGACCGAAGAAGACAUGCAACGGAGCAUGGAUCUCUUCGCCUCCGGCUGUGCUCACUUUGGACUGAUCAUCAAUACGGACAAAACGGUGGUCAUACAUUGACCGCCACCGAACGCCGAAUACAACUCUCCUCGAAUCACUGCCAACGGCAACCAACUCAAGACCGUGAACAGCUUCGCCUAUCAAGGAUGCAUACUUGCGCAGCACAAAUAUCGACGACGAGAUUGCCCAUCGGCUCUCCAAAGCCAGCAGGGCCUUCGGCCGACUGCAAACCUCCGUGUGGAAUCGUCACGGCCUUCAAAUGAACACCAAACUGAAGAUGUACAAGGCCGUCGUCUUGAGGACACUUCUGUACGGAGCGCAGACCUGGAUCGUCUACGCAAGCCAUGCCAGUAAGCUUAGCUGCCUUCACGGAAUACGGAAGCUGAGAUAGCAUGAGAAGAUCUGGAACGGACUGAUAUCCUCAGCAUCCACGCCAUGCUGACACGACUGCAACUGCGAUGGGGCGUCCACCUGGUGAGAAUGGACGACGCUGGCCACCAAAACGACUCUUCUACGGAGAUUUCGCCACGGGUGCUCACCGAUCGGGACGGUCAAAACGACUCUACGAGGGCACUUUGAAGAUCAGCCCGGAGACCUAGGAGGACCUCGCCUCCAACAAACCAACCUGGAGAAGAGAAGUGAAGACUGGCCCAGCCAUGUACGCAGUAAACCAGAUCGCCGCCACCAAAGUCAAGAGGGCUGCGCGCGAUUUUCAGGCGCCUCCGAGUCGCAAUAUCGCCAUUCAGCCCCACCCAACGUGCCCGCGCUCUCAUCGAGCAUUGAGCCCCGACUAGCCUCGUCGGCCAUCUUCGGACCCAAUGUACCAAUUGUCCGGCGACCGCAAUUGCUGCCUCCACGACCGUGCUUGCUCCCAUUCUCACAUCGAUCACGUCGGCGCCCACCCUUCACCAACGUUGCUUCGAAUCCCCCUGUCGCACUGCCGUCGGCCACUACUACCUCCAUUUUCUCUGCCACAAUUACCGCGGCGACGAUUAACACAACCACCUCUACCACCACCACCGCCAACGACCAAAGUGCUCAUGACUCUCUGGCAAUCCCCAACACAAUUACCACCCCCACCUCCAGCGAUGUGGGCUCGGCUCAAACUUGUCCUCUCUGCGACCGCACAUCCACUUCACAGAUCGGAUUAGUCGGCCACUCGCGAAUCGAUCGCACAGUCUGCCGAGCUAGUGCCUGAAGCACUAAUACACAUUCGCCGCACUCACCUUCAUUGUCCGCGCACAACCCUCCAUCCCGUGGACCUAUUCAGUCACAUGCGUAUCCGUGACAGCGAAAUACACCGCAGUAUCGACUCACCUUGCACAUCCACUACCUCUAGUCCAUUUCCCCAUCGCCCUGCGCACCCACUACUAACAACAGCAGCACCACCAUCACCACCGAAGCCGAAUCUGCAGCUCCCUACCUAUCAUGUCAACACAGUCACCGCACGUUCAUCUCAUACAUCGACCUGGUUGGCCACCUGCGAAUACAUCGCACGGUGACUGACGAGCCACUACCUGGAGCACCACCAUACACCAGUCAUCGUCGCCUCAACUACCUCAUUGACCUCGCAUAUUCAGCCACCACACGCGCCGCUCCUGCCCCAUGCACAUUAACUAGAACAUGCGGUAGAUCACCGCCGGCCAUACCGCACCACACUUCUCACGAGCACCUACAACGCACACCAACAUCACCCAUUAUCACAUAACGUUAGCACACAACUGGCACUUCUCAUGUAAUUGGGGAGCGUGUCGCUCACCCCUUUUCCAUGUGGUUCCUGUACUGCAUGUGUGAUCCGGGUCCGAGAUUAUCACGGUGGGCCAAGCGCCGUGGCUUGGAAGGUUUCCAGCUAACACAUCAACACAGUCCACGCAGUCUGCCCAGUUGAGUGUGUUUGUGUGGAGUGACGGACUGAGGGGCUGAGAGUCAGGCUGCAACGCCUCCUUAACGUUGCCUCUGACACACGCAUGUGAGAUGUAUGCGGCCCCCCCUCCCUGUUGUGUGAAAUCCUGGUCGUGCAUGCAGCGCGCGCAGACAGGUCCUCCAAAUACAUCAGCCACUGCGCCCAUUCCCCGCACCAGACAACUGACCGGCUCGGAAAGUUGCCGGGGCCUGGGAAUAGGGAUAGAGAGAGCAAGGUCGACUCGGCGCAUUUCCCUCACUAUAAACAGUCUAACGCGCUUGAAUCUGUCACGGUGCGCUAAAAGCCAUGACUUGGAAGGUUGCCAACUGACGGGAUAACUUGGCCCUCACAGCCGGCGCGUGCGUGUCUGUGGGAAGAGGCCUGCUGAUGGUCUGAGAGUCAGGCUGCAAUGGCUCUUUAAUGCGGCCAUUAUGGUACUCCCAUUCCGUGGGAUCUCAGCCGGGUGUGGCGGCACACCUAGGAGCGGCUCUGGCAACACCAGCCAUCUCCACCCUCUCCCACCUCCGGUCUUCUUGACUAUGUCUUCACACCGGACCCAGGUAGGAGAGGAGAGGGUGCGGCAGAUGCUGCGCAAGUCUUAUCACUGUAAAAGAAAUCACGAGCAAGUCACCGUGUCUGCUCUCAUCCUGCUGUGGAGCACACGGUGGAUGUCGUCGAUCGAACUGUCAGUCUUCCGUUGUCCGCUUAUUUGUGUUGUUAGAUUACCACGCGACUUUAAAUAUCUCUGAUCGCUGCCGGCAGUGUCGGUGAAUGGUUCGACUUGCCGAGCAACUACUCAUUGAUGUCCCGGGCGCGUCUUUAAACCAAAGACCUUCUCGGCCUGAGGUGGGGAUACUCCUUGACUGGUGACGUGAAAUAGGCCAGAAACGGUUACGCCUGUCUGUCAUGUCUUUUUCUGGAGUACGUCUUGAGAGAAUCACUGCAUAGGAAGGAGGCACGAUCGUUAAAACAAGAGUUUUUUUCGCCUGACGUUUCGGAUUCGCACUUGAAUCCAUCACUACAGACAGAAUCAAAUAAGGGUGAUGUUUCGCACAAGUGUUGCAGUAUUUGUAGGAUGCAGUUGCUGUGCCAUUGCACGCCUAUCAAAAUUAUCUGCUCCCGCAUUCAUGUCAGAGGUUGCACGAGGUGCAAUAAUGAUUUUAGUGUACGCAGUCGUUAAUUCCCGAAACCCCAUCGUGUGGAUUCUCGGACGAUCUAAGUCACCGGUACUGGCACCAGGAUCAGUAUUCCCGCCCGCCAAUGGGUUUGCCGAUGUUGGGACUUAUAACUGAGGCGGUCUCUCAGCAGCUGGAGUCGCUAGUCUUCCAAAGCCACAGACCGGAAUUCUAGACUCGGUACAUGGAUGAUACCUUCGUCCUAAUUAGUCAGGCUAAGGUGCAAACGUUCAAAGAACAUCUUAACGCUUUCCUCCCGAAUAUGCAAUGUACGUUAGAGGAGAAAAACAAUCAGCUGGCUUUGAAAACGACAAAUACGACGAAAAUACUGAGCUACAACAGCAACCGUCCCAUCGGCCACCAACGCAGUUAUGUAAGGGCGUUAUACCGGCGUGUUGGGACCCACUGCAAUGAACCAGAUGGCAAGGUCGCUGCAUAACAUCUUCGAUAGGUGCUUGGAACGAAUGACUGUCCACACAACCUCGUCGACCGGUGCACACGCAAACAAUACGAUUAACCAAAUUCAACCGGACUUCAAGAACGUCUCAAAGGCUACCAGCCUCCUCACAUCAGUUGAAGUUACGAUUGCGCACAGACCGGAGUCACCCAGCAGGCGCCAGAUCAUGAAGCUGAAAUACCCUUUAUCACAACAGGGAACGGCUGGAGUUGCUUAUUCGAUCCGGUGCAGUUGUAAGCAAAGUAACUCUGUCGGAGCAACUGGAAGACUACACCAGAUUCAGACGACCGAGCACUCAGCAGCAGCAGUGAGAAGGAACGACGCCAGCUCGCAAGUUGCGACUUACUCAACGGGACCCGACAACGCAUUCAAGUUUGUCGAGGUCGAUAUCCUCUCGAGGGUUGACGACCGCGUGAGCUACGCCCUGCGUGAAUCAUGCUUAUUCUGAGCUCAGUCGAUUACCGAGCGCAGCGAUCGGUCGCCAUACUCUGUGCUGAUACUUUGACCGGACAGAAUGAUAAGUCACAUGGGGAGUGCGUCCUCUUAGUGCCAAUGUCAGUGAGCCAAGUUGCCCGAGAACCCACAUGAGUGAUGAUCUUUUGGCAAAAAAACGACUCGGAUGCGUGCAAUUGACUCGUUUUUACACCACGUUCAGCCUACGCGAUGGAUGCGGGACGUAGUAGCUCAGCACCUGCAUCCUAUAAAUACUGCAACACUUGUGCAAAACAUCAAUCUUAUCCGAUUCUGUCUGUUGUGAUAGACUCGAGUGAGUCCGGAACGUUCAGCGAAAAAAGUUCCUCCUCUCAGGCUCUAGCUAUCCUGUUAGCUUCUUCCCGACUGCUUCUAGGAACUAACCUGUUCACUUCUGUCAGGAAUUACGGCCUACUUGAGUGCUUUUGGUAUUUCAACCUUGACUUAUUAAAUUAUCGACAAAAACGUAAAUAUAUGUUUGGAAUGAGUAAAGUCGGGUGUUCUGUCGAAUUUUCCACAAAGACAUCGGUUACGCGCGAUGUUUAGCAUCAUACGACAUAGUCCCAAGAUAUUUCAAUCAUGGCGUGGUGCCGGCUUCUGAGUGCAAGUUUUUCCGGUCUUCAACAGAAGUGACACUUGUUAAAACUGGUUACUGUAGCAGUAGUAGCAGUAGCAUUAGUAGUAGUGGUAGAUGUUUUGCCCUUUAUUGCACACACAAAGGCCAAAAUAUUUUGAAAAAAAACAGGUGCCAAAAUACCCUUAUAUGCAUUUUAUGGUAACUUACGCCUUAGAUAAAUUUCCUACUUGCAGGAAGGGUAUCUUUUAAUUUUAGAAGUCUUGUGAUUCUCGAAUGAUAUUGAACUUAACUUGUCCCUGCGCUUCCUUUUAGGAUAUUCAAACUACAUGCUGCACAUUUUCUAUUAAAGAAAAUCAUACAUUCCUCCAUGCUGUUAAGAACGUAUCAUACAGAGCUCUUAAAAUUGUGCAAUGCAUACGGCCCAUAUUCUGUAUUUAAUAAGGAGCAUUAAUAAACGGACGGACAUGAUUCUGCUUGAACAGGUAUUUCACGGUCUCAAAAAUCUGCUUAUCGCAAACGUUUCUUAAAUCACAAUCCACCUUUCCUUUAGGUAGAAGAUUUGUAUAUAGAUUUAAUAUAACAUUGGUAUGGUAAGAGAGGUUUUCGUACAUGACUUCUGUAAAGUGGUUGAAUUUGUAAGAGCACCGAAAAUCAGUGUAAAAAUGCCUUCUACUUAAAUAGACAUUUUUACCAUCUAUGAUCUUUGUCGGCGGCCAGAAAAAGGUGCAUUCAGAAGCCGACGCCCUGCCGUGACCGGUACAUCUUAAAAUUAUGCUGCAGAGUGCUCAAUAUUACGGCUCCACCCAUGUAUCUACUUUUAACCAAAAUCACACUUCAAAAUUGCAAUUAAUGUUUCAUGAGGUGCGUUAUCUACUGUAUUCACUUCUAUAUUGAAAUGAAGGCACACCGAUUUGAUCAAGGUUUCGGAGCAGUCAAACUCCGUCCUCAAAGUUGCUAACAUCCUGUAGGUCGCAAAGUAUCGAACAAAAUCAGACAUGCAUAUAAGGGCAGCACGGAAUAAGACGGCUGUUUUCGAAUUGGUCUAGUACCCUCGCCGUCAGUCACAACCCUACUCAAAGAGGGGUUGGUGAAUUUCUAUUGUCACCAAAUCGGUGUACUGCCCUUAUGUAAGUAGCAGAGUUUCGUACCUAAAUUAUGGUGUCGACGCAUCUGACUAGUUAACUACAAUGUAUGCGUCUUAGGGCUCUGUAGAAAUGGCCUGAAGGAUGUUUCAUGUCCUCCACCGGCGACUGUAUGCAUAGUCCUCAACAUAGGCUAUUUUUGCCCACAUUAGUACGUCAAUCUUCUACCGCCAUCCCAAACUUCCACAUACACCACACAGCCAGCCAGUUUGCAAUGCUGUUUAAUGCUUUUCCAGAGCAUCUUGAAAGUAUUGUUGACUUGAAAAUAGAUGGUGUCUAAGGGCGAAGAUCGCGUCGGUUGAUCACUGUCGAGCGUUGAAUGACGUUGUCAGCGACAUUCUUGCCGUGACUGCCUUACAAUCAGGUAAAGUAUGGCUAAUUUUCUUGCCCUUUGACGAUUGGAUCGUCUUUUGUCGGUGCUGCCAUAAAUGUUUUCGCAGCUCGGAUUUUCUUUGCUCGUGCUAGCAAGGAAAAUGCCUACGGGUGAUCGAUGUGUAGUAAGGGAGGGGAACCGCACUCAGUAAGAAAUUUGCGAAAACGUCCACUAUGCACUAGAUCCUAGCAAGCAGAAUGAUCAUCGUAAUGCCAAUGAUAGGUACUUUUUGAGGACUGAUUUUACCUUUGUGAAUUAGACUUUCAGUAUCCUGAGAUUCGGACGCCUACGAGCUUCUACACUGCUGACUAGGACACAUCCCAGACGCACUGUGACAAUACUUUUUAUUUCACCUUAUGGUUCUCCUUUCAGGUCUCUUUCUCUCACCUGCACCAUCUCCAACCGAGAUACUCCAAUAUCUUAUCGCGUUAACCAAUUACCUGGUGAAAUUCUGCCAAAUGAAUGCUCAUACAAGGUGACUUUUAUAUACUUGUGUCCUGUUCAAACCUGUACCCGAUUCAAGUACGUGCAACUACUUAACCAAUGUAUUGAACCCAGCUACCAUCGUUACCUACUUUUUGCUCAUCUAUUUUUCUACAGGUGAAAAAUGGCAAAGUGAUACUGUUUCUGCGCAAGGCCAACCCCGCGAAAUCGUGGAUUGGCGAUCUAACUACCCGGGGCCUAGAUCAGGCCGCAUCCUAG